AUGGCCAAGUUCGGAGUGAGGGUGUCCACAGGCAAGGCUUUCGGGGCAGGUACGUGGGACAGCGUGUCUAUCAGCAUCGUGGGGACCCUGGGAGAGAGCCCUCGAAUGCGCCUGGACCACUUGGGCAAGGAGUUCGCCGCGGGAGCGGAGGAAGACUUCGAGGUGACACUGCCCCAGGACCUGGGCCCAGUGUUGCUGCUGCGCGUGCACCUGGCGCCCCCUGCGCUGCCCCGAGCGCUCGGCCUCCCGGCUGCAGACGCCUGGUUCUGUCGCUGGAUACAGCUCAAGCCGCCCCGGGGCGCCCCACUGCGCUUCCCCUGUUACCAGUGGCUGGAGGGACCCCGGAGCCUGGUACUGCGGGAAGGGGCAGCCAAGGUCUCCUGGGCCGACCAGCACCCAGCGCUCCAGCAGCAGCGUCAGGAGGAGCUGCAGGCCCGGCGCCAGCUGUACAGCUGGAAGACUUACGCCCCUGGUUGGCCCCGCUGCCUUGAUGAAGCGACGGUGAAAGACCUGGACCUCAACCUCAAAUACUCUGCUGCCAAGAGUGCCACCUUCUACCUCAACCUCAACUCUGUGCGUGCAGAGCUGAAGAUCAAGGGGUUGCUGGACCGCAAGGGGCUCUGGAGGAGUCUGAGGGAGAUGAAGAGGAUCUUCAACUUCCGCAAGACACCGGCCGUUGAGUACGCGUGUGAGCACUGGCAGGAAGAUGCCUUCUUCGCCUCCCAGUUCUUGAAUGGCCUCAACCCUGUCCUGAUCCGCCGCUGCCGCCACCUCCCAAGCAACUUCCCGGUCACUGAUGCUAUGGUGGCUCCCGUGCUGGGCCCAGGGACCAGCCUGCAGGCUGAGCUAGAGAGGGGCUCCCUGUUCUUGGUGGACCACGGCAUCCUCUCUGGCAUCCCUACCAAUGUUAUCAAUGGAAGGCCCCAGUUCUCUGCAGCCCCCCUCACCCUGCUGUAUCAGCACCCAGGCCAUGGACCCCUGGUGCCACUUGCCAUCCAGCUCAGCCAAACCCCUGGGCCUGACAACCCCAUCUUCCUGCCUAGCGACGACAAAUGGGACUGGCUGUUGGCCAAGACCUGGGUGCGCAACGCUGAGUUCUCUGUGCACGAGGCCCUCACACACCUGUUGCAUGCACACCUGCUGCCCGAGGUCUUCACGCUGGCCAUGCUGCGCCAGCUGCCCCACUGCCACCCACUCUUCAAGCUGCUGAUCCCACACAUGCGGUAUACCCUGCACAUCAACACGCUGGCCCGCCAGCUGCUCAUUGCUCCGGGGCAGGUGGUGGACAAGUCCACAGGCCUGGGCAUUGGAGGCUUCUCAGAGCUGAUACAGAGGAACAUGGAACAGCUCAACUACGCCACCUUGUGUCUGCCCCAAGACAUCCACUCCCGAGGGGUUGAAGACAUCCCCGGCUACUAUUACAGGGACGAUGGUCUGCGGAUUUGGGAGGCUGUGGAGCGCUUCGUCUCAGAAAUGGUCAGCACCUACUACCCGAGUGAUAUGUCUGUUUGGGAGGACAGUGAGCUCCAGGCAUGGGUGAGGGAGAUCUUCUGUGAAGGCUUCCUAUCGCGGGAGAGCUCAGGUUUCCCCUCCUCGCUGGAGACCCGGGAAGCCCUGGUGCAGUAUGUUACCAUGGUGAUAUUCACCUGCUCAGCCAAGCACUCCGCUGUCAGUGCAGGGCAGUUUGAUUCCUGUGCUUGGAUGCCCAACCUGCCGGCCAGCAUGCAGCUGCCCCCACCCAAGUGCAAAGGCCAGGCCAGGCCAGAGGGCUUCAUAGCUACCCUUCCACCUGUCAAUGCCACGUGUGACAUCAUCAUUGCUCUCUGGCUGCUGAGCAAGGAGCCGGGAGACCGGAGGCCCCUGGGCACAUACCCCGAUGAGCACUUCACGGAGGAGGCCCCACGGUGCAGCAUUGCCGCCUUCCAGAGCCGCCUGGCCCAGAUCUCCUGCGACAUCAGAGAGCGGAACCGGGGUCUGGCACUGCCCUAUACCUACCUGGACCCCCCGCUCAUCGAGAACAGCGUCUCCAUCUAA